AAAGGAAAAGCUAUUAACAAGAUGAAAGCGUGGACAGCACACGAGCAGGACACAUCUCUAUCGUGCUGUCGAACGUUACAUGUGAAGCAUGCUGCGUAUGCUAGUGCUCUCUACACAUUGAAUAUAUCUAUACUAGUGGUGCUGUUGUACAGCUGGAGAAUCGGCGUCAACGCGAAGAGGUACAAGGAACUAGACGAUGUUUAUUACGGUGUACAGAUAGCCUAUUUCGCAAUCAUAGGAACACAGAUGUUAAUGAUUCUAUUAAGCAUCUUUCUAUUUUAUGGAAUCUACAAAGAAAAUGUUGCGUUCUUAGUACCGUGGGUGGUGGGUUGUAUGACAUUUAUGGCACUGGAGUCGAUGGCAAUGGUAUACUCUAAUAUUCUUAGAGAUCAUGUUAAUAAGCAAUUCGACGCCAUGUGUAAGGCCGAGAUAUCCUUCUUAAUACCACGAAUUCUAUUUAAUUGUUUAUGCAUAUGGUGCGUGCUAAGAAUGUACCAUCUCUUGCGAGCAGGAGUGACUUGGAAAGGUUCAGCGCCGAUAGAACUGUGACUAUUACCACCCGGCGUUAGCUUACACUCAAAGUCUAUAGACUCUACUGAAAGACGAGAUUCCGUCGCGUGUGAGUCGACUCUAUUACUCGGGGGGAUCGAAAGUGAUACUGAUGCGAGUUUGCAUUCCCUAUGACGAUAUAUUGAGUUUUUAGUUCGGUAUAGUUAACUUUAAAAUACUAAUA